AUGUUUCGGUUUGUCAAUAAGAACCUCGUGGUCGGGAGUGCGGAAAUGGCGGCGGUGGAUCGCGUCGGCGUCGGCAUCGGCGUCGUCGGGCAGCCGGUGCCUCUCGACGUCUACCGCGAGUCUCACCACCUGCUGGCGCUCGGCGGAUCCGUAGGCAUGCGCGGCAGCAUCAAGCACGAAACAUGGGACAGGAGAGGUCCGCACCUGAGGAUGCGCAUGGAUUUCCUUGAUGUAAGUCCACCACGCUCGUGCGUCGUCUCUACUCGGGGUCGCGCGUUUCGAAAAUGUUUCUCUAACCCGCGACCCCGUUCGUUCUUUCGCGCGAAAUGCCCGGAGCAACAUGGCGUCGGCUACCGAUGACGCAAGCAUGGCGAUCACGUGGGAGUCCGGGGUUUAAAUCCUGUAUUGUUUUGAUACGCGGAGUUUUAACUGUCGAAUUUAUUCGUUCGGUAAUUCGUCAAACGAAUAUCCGAUGCUCGAUGUGAAUUUUGCAUUUUUUUUCAUGAAAAUGUUUAUUUAACGUUUUACAUUAAGCUUCGAAAGUUAGAAUGUAUUUGGCGCGAAAAAUCGUGUCCUUUCUCCGCAUAUUCUCUCGGAUGCGUUUCGUGAUACGAAAACGAUUUGGGUUUUUCGAUAGUACUCUUUGCGUUUCACCAAGCGGCUAUUGCCGCAAAUGCUGUAAACUGUAUUUAUUUAUUUAUGGAGAGAUGAGUAGUUUACGAAAUAACAUUGCGCUGUAUUCGACGAAAAUGGCACGAAGUCUGUUUGCAACAGAAAAAUAUUCUAUGAAUUUUCUCGAAUUUUCUUUUUGCAAAAUAUCGAACACGCAUUGAUUACGAUCAUGAUUGCCAUCUUUAAAUUAGUGUUUUGCCAGAGAUUGGUUUUUCAGCAAAAGAAAGGUAGAAAAAUGAAGCCAAUAAUUUAAUUCAUUGCAUAUU